UGACCAGCGAAUAGUCAAAAGAAGUAUGGCGGCUACCCUGAACAGUGGGAAGUUCUCUUGUGAUUUUUAUGUUUAUUGUCGGGAUUACGCAAAUCUUUUUCGUUGAAAAAUUGGCCGCAUAAAAUGAUGUUUGAUACCUUUUCGGGAGAGUGGAACAGUUUGAUUCACAACCCUGGGAUUAAGAGAAACCUGUCGGUCCUUUUUGAACAUAAACAUCCGCUGUGUAAGUGUGCGUUGAGCGUUCUGCUCCUGGCUGACCAGAACGCAAAAAGAUAUCUCUGUAUUCCCACGUAAUUAUAAACAACGAUUUUUUUUCGCUUUGCACGUCUUUGCUUUUUCAUACAACAGCAUACUGUGAAGAACACCUGACCAACAAACACUAGACAUGGACUGCUUCUAAUGCCCAAGCCAGUCUGGAUCUGGUUAGUUGUUUUGCAGCGACGAUACAAUGGCUUUAGUGAACUUUCUUAUUUUUCCUUUGAUAAUUUCCUCUGUAGUAAAAUGCUUAGACUUUCUCAGCUUCCUUUUGGACUUAAACUUUGUCAUCGUCCACACUGUGGUGCGGUCUGUUUUAGCCGUCGUCACGUUUGUAAACAACCUACCUGUAUUAUUUUGGAACUUUCUCGUUGGAUUUUGGAAUUGGAUUCUUCUCUGUUUGAUAUCCAUGGCAGAAACUACUUCACUCAUCUCCCAUGGCACCGUAAACAUGGCCGGAAGUUGCCUGCUCGCUCUCGGAGGAUUACUAGAGAGCCUGAAGAUGGUUGGCUACCUUUCUAUGCACGUCUUCCUCCGUGGAAGGGAGUAUCUCUACAGGGGUUUGCUGUUUGUUUUGGAAUGUUUUGGUAUUGCCGCAAGCCUAACGGUCUAUUUUGCUAACACGGUUGUCAACUACGUGCUUAUUUGCACCCAGAACAUGUACUCUGCUCUCAUCAGUGUUUGGCACACGGUCUCAAGUCCGCUACAGAAGGUUGUGGAACUCACCCUGACCCUCAUCACAUUCCUCUAUAGCAGCCUCGUCGGGACCUCCACCUUACUAUGGACGCCAUGCAAACUGGUACUGGACUUUCUGGUCUCACUGACACAGAUCUUCAUCAGUAUCUUUAUAAUGAACAUCUAUGGCCUUUUGCUAACCAUCACUAUCGCCGUAGCUACCACCGUCUACCUUAACCCAGAGCUGGUCCAUCAAGUCAGGCGACAGACUGUCCAUUAUAUCAAUGCAGUCCCGACCCUGCAAAGACUAUCCCUUGCUGCACAGACCCUAACUCGGAGCCUGCAGAGAGUACCCGGACAUGUCCCUGGGGCCCUAAGACAUGCCCAAAGACUCCUCCGACGCCUGUACCUGCAGGAGAGGUGGCUCUGGAGGCAGCUGUCUCAGCAGGGCAGCUGGCUGAGCCUCACUCUACGAAUGCGAGCUUGGAGGAACAACAAUAACAACAACAACAUCGACGCCAGAGUGGGCGGCGACGGGGACCCUCGAGAGGAGCAGCGGGAUCCGCCGGAUGGGAGUGCAGGAGAUGCGCCCUACCAGGAGCAACCGGACCAGGAGCAACCAGACCGGGCCUACCCCAGCUCCAGCAAGGUCCGACCCCUGAAGCAGCUCCGGGCUGCGGGUAAAGAGGAGGGCCUCCCAGUCCCGCAUGCCAAGAACCUGCUGAGUCUGCUCAAGGAGCAGGAGGAGAGGAAGAAGUGUGUGAUCUGCCAGGACUGUAGCAAGACUGUGGUGCUGCUGCCCUGCAGGCACCUCUGCCUGUGCAGGGGCUGCACGGACAUCUUGCUUCGGCAGGCCCUCUACCGACAGAACUGCCCGCUGUGUCGACACAUGAUCCUGAACACGAUGGAUGUGUACCUCUGAGGGCUCGCAGGCCCCCGGCUGGGGGGGGGGGGUUCAUCCACCACAUACCAAUGACCACUCAAACAGUGUGCUUUCUUGUUUUUGACUGUUUACUGAUGAUUUUGUCGUUGCCUCAAGACUACAGGCCAAUACAAGAUCUGCAAGCAUUUUAUGUUGUGUGAAUUGUAGAAGAGAUAUUGGGUUGUGGUCGCAACUGUGUUUAUAUGCUUAUACAAAUACUAGACUAACAUCUGAUGCUUGUGCUCACUUUGCUGUAAGAGCAGCAAAAAGGGUUUCUGAAGGUGCAGGGAUAAGCAGUGUGUUGCAGAAUGCUAUCUAUAAGAAUUCCAAUACAAUGUCAUUUUUGUUGCAUAACAUUUGUAUAGUCUGUGAAACAAGUAUGCCUUAACGCAUUUGAACGAGAAAGAGACAAAUCCUUUGCUAUGGCUCUGAGACCUAUAUGUGCCAAUGGACACAACUACAUUGUACUUUCUUUGCUAAGGACCUAAUAACACCUGUUUAUAAACUUGAAAGAAUCCACUAUGAGGAAAUGAGCUACUUGUGGUUGCCAAAUACAAUCUCUAAUUUGCUCUUUCUAAUUCCAGUCUUCCAUCAUCUGAUAGCUAGUAAAAGGUUAGUCAUUGAAUAAUUAUAAUGUUUUAAAACAUACUUUUUUCUCCUGUUAAGGGACCAUACAUGUAAUUCUGUUGACCAUGCUUUACAGGUCUGCUUGCUUAAAAGUAUUAUUAGAGUCUAAUCAUUAAAAGAGGUGUCAUGUGCCUUCCUGUCUUAUUUGACAAAUUAUAUAUAUUUUUGUAAUUGGCUAUGUGUGACAGAGCGAAAGGAUAAAUGGACAAUAUGAUGCUAUUUGAAAACACAGAAUGCUAUCAUUAACCCUAACCAAGUAACCACUACUGCUGCCCCUAUCCAGCACCACUUUUGUAUCGUUUUUUAGACUGCACGGCCAUUUUUUGAUACGCCAAAGAUAGGAUUCAAAGUCCAAAUGGACCAAUUUGUUGUUGACUAGAGACUUGUAUUUCUCUCAGGUAUUUCUUAAGACCUUGACCCCAUCCCUGCUCACAUGAAUUGACAGUGUCGUCCAUUUUCUGUGUUGGAAAGGAGCCCACAGUGAGUUCCUGUGGGCCUGCUGGGAGAACUGACGUGACUAUGUGGCAUCAACUCAUGAAUGUAUUGUUGUAAAGUGUGUUCGGUCCCGUCUCAGAUGAUUUGAGUUCAUAAUAAAAACCAUUGUGUAGA